AUGGAUGGAGCCAGUAGUGCAAGCGGCGGCGAAGGCUCAGCAGAGCCGCAUCGGUCACCGCCACCGCCAGAACGGCGGUACAAGGGCGUCCGGCUGCGGAAAUGGGGCCGGUGGGUGUCGGAGAUCCGCAUGCCCAACAGUCGCGAGAGGAUAUGGCUCGGCUCCCACCAGUCCGCCGAGAAGGCGGCGCGUGCGUUCGACGCGGCAGCCGUCUGCCUCCGCGGCUCCCGCGCCGGGUCUCUCAACUUCCCAGAGUUCCCGCCCGACGUGCAGCACGUCCCUGGCAUAGUGCCUACCCCCGAGCGUAUCCAGGCGGCGGCCACGAGGCACGCGAACCGCCCAUAUCCGAUUCCGGCGGGCCGGGCAAUGACGGUCACCACUGCUAUGCCAUCGCAGGAAGUGACGAGCACGUGCAAUGCCAUAGCUGUAAAGUCAUCGCCGUCCGCUGGCAAUGCCGCUGCCUACGACGAUGUGCUUGAUUGGUCGUUCAUGGAUGCGUUGCCGUCGAUGCCUGCGUCGUCGGCGCCGGGGACCAAUGUUCCGGUUAUGGAUGAUGUUAUGUUCGGUUUCUCGCCGAUGCCGCCACCGCCACCGCCAGAAGAGCCGGACGAGGAUAUGAUCGACGAUGAUGGUGAUGACCAUGCAUUUAUAUCUGACCUCUGGAGGUUCUGA